AUGGACUACCACUCACCUCUCACAACCACCGUUCACAACCCGCAAUUACGGCUCCUCAACGCCCUCCGCGCCGGUUCAGGGCCAAUAAUGACCUUUCUUGGACUUCCAUCCUCUCGUACGGCUCAACUAGUAGCCUCAACCGACCUAGACGGCAUCAUCAUUGACUGUGAGCACGGGCACAUCAGCGACGACGCAAUGCACAACUCCAUCACCGCGAUCUCUUCACAAGGCGUCUCCCCACUUGUUCGUAUCAGGAUGACCCACGCAGAUCUGAUCAAGCGCGCUCUGGACGCUGGUGCUCACGGCAUCGUCGUUCCCAUGAUCAAUACUGCCGAUGACGCCAGGGUUGUGGUUCAGAAUGCCAAGUUUCCUCCUCAGGGUUUAAGGGGUCAAGGGUCGGCAUUUCCCGGAUUCGCACUUGGUGUUGACAUCCCGACGUAUAUGAAGACGGCCAAUGAGACUCUCAUUACUUGCCUGCAAAUCGAGUCCAAGCUGGGUGUUGAGAACGUUGAUGCCAUCUGUGCAGUGCCCGGCGUCGACAUGCUAUUCAUCGGGCCUAAUGACCUGGCCCUGUCUGUUCUCGGAUAUGUUCCAGCCAAAGGAGACGAGCCCGAGUUUGUGGAGGCGAUUGAGAAGAUCGUCAGUGCUGCCAAGAAGCAUGGAAAAUGGGUUGGUCGGCUGUCAAAUGAUGGAGCUUCAGCGAAAAAGGAUCUAGAGGUGUUUGAUACCGUAGCAUUAGGUUAUGAUGUUCGCGCCAUUCAGAAUUGGUAUAGAGCGGAGCUGAAAACAGCACGAUCAUAG